AUGACCACCACCGACCUCCUGCAAGAACCAUGGACUCCCGUCCACCCCAUAACCAUCGCCAUCAUGACACUAGCCCUCACCAUCUACCUAUCACUAGUUCAACAUCUCCGCUACCAGCGCAAAGCAGCAAUAGAAGCCCCAUUCAUAACCAACAAAAGACCUCUAUCAAGCAUGACCAUCGAAGAAGCACAUACAAUCAUAACCCAAUUACAAGAGCUUGAAUUUCCAUAUGCAUUCGCCAAGGCUCGUCGGAUGGCUCUCUUGAAGGCCGGAGGCAUCCCCACCAUGUCGAAGCUAUUCGCCGUCACAGGCCAGAACAACAGACGAAACGCCGGUAAGCGAGCCGUUGACACGGAGAUUCUCCUCCGGGAGUCGCAGUCGCAGCGGAGAGAUUCAGAUCGCUAUGCGACUGCUGUGGCGAGGAUGAAUUAUCUCCACGCCCGCUACCGUCGCGCCAACAAAAUCACCGACGACGAUCUCCUCCACACGCUAGGCGAUGGACUUGCUGAAAUUCUGAACGUGAUUGAGCGAGAAGAAUGGCGUGGUCUCACAGACGUGGAGAUAUGUGCCCUUGGAAUAUUUCACAAGAAUCUGGGAGAGGAUAUGGGGAUUCCGUAUGAUGUGCUUCCAUCUAAGGCGGAGGGGUGGGAAGAUGGGGUGCACUUUGCAAUGGAGUUGACUCGCUGGACGGUUCAGUAUGAGGAGAGAGUUGCGAAGUUCACGGCAACGAAUGAUCAGUAUGUUCGUAUUUAUGUGGAUUCUGCACUUCCGGGGCUUCUUAGGCCGGUGGUGAGGCGGGUGUUGGGUGCUGGCUUGGAUGAGGUUAUGAGGUUAAGUCUGGGUCUCGAAUCCCCAGGAUACAUCUUAUCAUUCGUGAUCAACUUCGUGCAAGCCUCACGAAAACUAUUCCUUCAAUACCUGGCCCUUCCGCGCCCUUCUUUCCAUGCCGUCAAACUAGUGCACGAUCUGCCGAACCAGAAGACGAAUCUAUAUAACUUUGAAAGAAAGGUCUUGCAGCCAUGGUAUAUUCGUCCAACUGUGUGGUCGAAAUAUGGCCCUGGGGCAUUGCUGAUUAGAUUGUUCGGAGGCAAGGUGCCUGGCUCACGUGGAGAUCGGUAUCAGCCACAAGGAUACGAUUUGAUGACUAUUGGGCCGGAGCCACAGAAGGGAAGAGGGUCGGAGGAGAUGAGAGGUGAUAUUGAGGUGAUUAAGGCGAGGGGGGUGGCGACGUGUCCGUUUUCGAAGGCGAAAUGGGAUCAUCAUGGCGCAAAUUGA